AUGAAUGGCUUUGAUUCUAAGGGCCUCGAUGAGGACGACUUUGGAGAAAAGACCGCUCUGUCGGGGCUGAAGACCUUUGACGCCUUCCCAAAAACAAAGGCCUCUUAUACAACUCCAACCCACCGCGGUGGCCAGUGGACUGUCCUCAUCCUCCUCGUUUGCACUAUCUUUAGCUUCUCCGAAUUAAGAACAUGGUGGCGCGGCACAGAACAACACCACUUCAGCGUGGAAAAGGGCGUCUCCCAUGAACUUCAGCUCAAUCUCGAUGUCGUCAUUAACAUGCCCUGCGACACCCUCCGCGUGAACAUCCAAGAUGCAGCCGGCGACCGCAUUUUAGCCAGCGACAUGCUCAAACGUGAGGAAACAAGCUGGAACUUGUGGAUGCAGAAGCGCAACAAGGACAAGCAUGAGUACCAGACGCUCAACCACGAAGAGAACGAUCGGUUGUCAGAGCAGGAGGCAGAUUCGCACGCGCACCAUGUUUUGGGCGAGGCGAGACACAACUCGAGGCGCAAGUUUGCCAAGGGUCCCUCCAUGCGAUGGGGUGAUGUGGCGGAUGCCUGUCGUAUCUACGGUAGCUUGGAAGGAAACAAAGUGCAGGGAGACUUCCACAUCACGGCAAGAGGACACGGUUACAGGGAGUUCGCGCCGCACUUGGAUCACAGUGCCUUUAACUUCUCACAUAUGAUUACCGAACUCUCAUUUGGUCCUCACUACCCGAGUCUCAUGAAUCCUCUCGACAAGACGAUUGCUGAGACGGACAAGCACUACUACAAAUAUCAGUACUUCCUUUCUGUCGUGCCAACCCUCUACACCAAGGGUCGAAGUGCCCUGGACAAAUACACCCGCAACCCGACCUCGGCCACCGCUCGCAGUGGUCGCAACACGGUCUUCACCAACCAGUACGCGGCGACCAGCCAGUCCGAAGAGAUGCCUGAGACACCACUUCUGGUUCCGGGUAUCUUCUUCAAGUAUAACAUUGAGCCGAUACUGCUCCUUGUCAGUGAAGAGCGCGGCGGGUUCCUGGCGCUUGUUAUCCGGGUGAUUAACACCAUCAGUGGAGUGCUUGUGACUGGUGGUUGGAUCUAUCAGAUCUCAGGUUGGGUUGGCGAGAUUGCCGGGAGGAGGAAGAAGGAGCAACCGGAGGGAUAUUUGACAGGAAAGCAUUAUAGGGAUUGA